AUGGAUAUCGUAUACCACCCCGGAGUCAACGGGUCAGACCCCGUGGUUGAAUUCUACCCCUACACACCAUCUGCCACAGCCGGAUACGCAUUUAUGGCCCUAUUCGGCAUCGCGACUAUCGUCCAUACAGUCCUGACGAUCCCUUUCCGCGCCGCAUACUUCAUACCUCUAAUACUGGGCGGGAUAUGCGAAACAUUCGGCUACUACGGCCGAGCCUGGUCCCACGAAUCACGCUUCGAAAUCUCAUCCUGGGCCUUACAAGAAAUGCUCAUUCUCUGUGCCCCACCCCUCAUCGCCGCAACAGUCUACAUGGUCCUCGGGCGCAUAAUCCGCUCUUUCAAUGCAGAGCACCUCUCCAGCAUGCGCACGAAAUGGCUCACAUUCGUCUUCGUGAUGAACGACGUCCUCUGCUUCUGCACACAGCUCGGCGGCGCAGGCGUCCAAGUUACCGGCGAUCCGCAGGUCAUGAGUAUUGGCAAGAAAGUCGUGCUUGCCGGACUUAUCUUUUCGUUGGUCGUCUUUGCCUUCUUCAUUCUCAUUGCGGUCAAGUUUCAUCUUCGGCUGAAGAAGUUUCCGACGCCGCUUCUUAUUCUGAAUUCGGAUUUGAAAUGGGCGUCAUACAUGUGGGCUAUGUAUGUUGCCUGUGCUGCGAUGAUGGUUCGGAAUCUUGUCAGGACGAUUCAGUUUGGGGCGUCCAGGACCACGGACGUUAAUACCAAGGAGGCGUAUAUUUAUGUCUUCGAUGCGUUCCUGAUGUUUCUUUCGAUGCUUGUGUUGAUUAUAUAUCACCCUGGCAAGCUCAUUAAGAAGCUUCGGCAAUUGUCCAAGGCUGACGUGUUUGGCAAUUCUCUCCAGGCUGAAGAGCGCGAUUCGUUACAAGUUCCAUUGACCCAGUAUGAUGCUCGGCCAAUGCAGGAGAGGUGCUGA